AUGGCGGAUGCGAAGAUUUCUGAAAUCGAGAAGCAUUUCGCCAAGACCGGCCGUGGUGGCACCCCCGUGCCCUCUUGGACCCAACGACAAGGAGAUUGGGUCAUCGUCAGCGAGGCACACGGAUCUGGCGAAGAUGAUCACUACAACUAUGGCCUGUUCCACAUCCCCAGCUUCACCGAGUCCUCGCGCGCCUUGGUCUUCGCCGCCUUCACGGAUCUCAGUCAUGUGGGUGUCAAAGGGAAUGGAUCCAAGCUGCGCUUUGGCGAGGAGGGAAAGCUGCUGAAGGUGGGCCCGGGCGGCCGAGCACGGUGA